UGAUGUUCAUUCAGUGAAUUAUGAUCAUUUAGAGUCAAAUAGACCAUAAAGCACUGGAUGUAUUGGGGGGAGGGGGGUACCACAGUGUGAUUGACAUCUACUACCGUCCAAUGGGUACUCCUGGUUUCAGAAACCAAGAUGGUGCUGAACAACAAACUGAGGCUUUAAAACUGCAGCUCAUCGACCAACAGGUGACGUUGAUCCUGUGACAGUUAAACAUGUGUUCUGUCUUUACAGGAAACGUGUGUUUCAAAAGAUGUCACACAUCUCAGCUCUGUGUGGUCUAUAAAGCUGCUUUCACACAUGCACAAACAUUUGUGUUUGUUUGACUCGCACACACACACACACACACACACACACACACACAGACAGGAGAUGCAGAUCAUGAUGCAAUGCAAUGGUUUCUUUACAGGAGAAGCUUUUUAUCGUUCCAGUUGAUAAAAUCUGAGGUGGAUCCAGAGUCUGUCUCCUCCCACACUUCCUCCCUUUCCUCCUCCUCCUCCUCCUCCUCCUCCUCUUCCUCCUCCUACUCCUCCUCAUUCUUAAACCAACAGUGGCUGUGACUCUGAGCAGCUCCUCAUCCUCUAUCACCAUCAUCAUCAGGUUAGCCCCGCCCCUUCAUACGUCCUCCUCCUAUCACCAAUCAUGACCCACGAUGCCAGUUCUUGUCUCUGGUUGGACGAUUUGGGCUGUCAAUCACUGAGCUCUGCUUAUGUCCCGCCCCCACUUUUCCAAUCCUCAUAUGGUCACAAUCCUCUGACCAGGCCCCCACCCUACCUCUCCUCAACACCUGGAUGGAGCAGUUACUCCUCCCCCUCUGCUGAUUGGGUGUCACCUGUCAGUCUGUCAUGGCCGCAGCCAGAACAGCGUGAGUGUGUGAGCUGUGAGACCAACAGUGCCCCCCUGUGGAGAAGAGACGCCACUGGUCGUCACCUGUGUAACACCUGCAGCGUCCAACAGGAAGUCAGCAACAGACCCCUGCUGAGACCCAAGAGAAGAAGUUCGGUGACUCAGCAAAGAGAAAGUCAGUGUGUGAACUGUGACACAGAAACUACGACACUGUGGAGGAGAAACUCUGCAGGACAACCAGUGUGUAACGCCUGUGGACUGUACUUCAAACUGCACCAGAUCAACAGGCCUCUGACGAUGAAAAAAGACAGAAUCCAAACCAGGAACCGCAGAGUGACCAAUAAGAACAAGAGGAGAGGUGGCCAAUCAGAGCCUGAGUUGUCCAGGCUGGUCCCUCCCCCUGCGGACACCUCGUGUCAAUCAUCCCUCUCACAGCUGCUGAACCUGAGCUAAUGUUUUAAUAAAGUGUUCUUCAUCUCAGAGACGAUUAGAACACAAACAUCCUGAUAACAGAUCAGAAUCUCACUUCCU